AUGCUCGUAGCGUUUGCAGGGAAUGGCUUCCUCAUCUACAUCGUGUGGAAGAAACCUGAAGUCAGAUCACUGACAAGCUUUAUGUUCGUCAACAUGGCCAUCGCUGAUUUGCUUGUAACCCUGAUUGUGAUGCCCUGGUCGAUUUCCACAAUAUAUACAGACGGUUUGUGGAUGAUCCCGGGAGUAUUUGGAAAAGUCAUGUGUAAAGGUGUUGUAUACACUGCCUAUGUCACUAUAACAGCAUCCGUCCUCUGCCUGACGUUCAUGGCGAUCGACAGGUACUAUGCCAUCGUUCAUCCCCUCCGCCGCCAUCUUUGGUUUCGAAAGCCUAAACUAACCGUUCCAUUUAUUUGGAUCGGCUCACUGGUCUCCAUGUCCAUUUUCCUUGUUAUUCAAACCGUGGAAGACUACAAUAAUUCUUCCUAUUGCAUGCUAUCUGUUUACAUCUUGGGUGAUCCAGAUAGGGCUCUUCGAGGAAUAUACCUCCUCCUUUUCGUCGUCAACUAUUUCAUCCCCUUAGCCGUUAUUUCUUGCCUGUAUACCAUCACUGCAUGGAAUUUAUGGUUCCAUGUUGCACCUGGAGUAAAUAAUUUGAGAGGAAAUCGAGCGCAACUGGAAACCUCCAAGAGGAGAGUGGUUCGGAUGCUCAUUAUUGUUACCUGUGCCUUUGCCCUCUGUUGGCUUCCACCACAAGUGGUCCACAUGAUGCAAAUUAUUCACGCAUCUAAGGCUUACCUACAUAUACAGCCGAUUGUCAGCUUUGUGUGUUUUUGGUUUGGACACGCUAACAGCGCCGUUAACCCAUGGCUGUACAUUUUUCUGAGUACCAAGAUAAAUACAGCAUUUACCAGGAUCGUCAGUAGAAAAAGCAGCCGGUUGCCUUCAAGUCUCACCAUCAAAACAUCAGAUGCCGUCUUACCACCUGAAGAUGAAGCAAUCCAGAAAGAAUCAAGAAUAUAAUGUCUCUCAUAACAUGAAAGUUUUAUUAUUAAUUUGGUAACUGUAAGAUAAAAACUCGCUUAAAACGGAUUUGCGUAUUACUAAUUAUAUAAUAUAAUACAAACACCUAUAUACGGUUUCAUAAAAGCUAUUGUAGUAAUCCGAGUAGUUUCAUGAGAAAUUGACAAUUGCAACUAAAUUUCGACAAGAACCGUUCCGUGUAUAUGCAUACCGUUUUCGCGAUAAUAAUUUAAUUUUAACCAUUUCAGGUUAAAAUUACCUGUUUUGAAAGGAGAUUUGUAAAAGCCUUCGGUUAUGACAUACACAAUUAAAGCAAAAGAAAUGCUUUUGGACCAAGAAUCGUCUCAUUCCGUUUAGAAUGGAGCGCGCCAACCACUUGGCCACCCGAUCUCCCUCAAGGUUGUAAUAUUUGUUCUUUCUUUUUUCUCUGAAUUUGUUCUGAAAUAAUACAAUCUUGAACAAAAAAAAACAAACAAACAAACAAACAAAAAAAUAACUUAAAAAAAAAGAGAAAAUGAACCUAAUAUUCAGGGCCUUGGACAUUUCAGAAGAGUAUAGAGAAAUAGAGUUCAAUUUUCAGAACUAUCCAGCAAAUUUUGUUGUUGUUGUCGGUGUCAAACGAGGUAUUUCACAGUCAUUACCGGCGAUCUAGCUAAUAAGCGAACUAGCUAAUUAACGCGCGCGAAAAGCGCAAUUCACCUGUCCGCUAUCUACUAGUUUGGUUUGUUUAUUCAUAAUUUUCUCAUUGAUACUAACCAAUCGUUCCUCACAGUUUUCUUUAAUUCUGUAGCACACGAUGAUAGUUUCAGCUGAAAUCCAAGUGAGAGUUCUGUGUAAUGGGGCGUUAAUUUUGUUUUUUAGGUUUCAAGUGUCAUAGGCACAAAAUGGGGACAAUAAGAAAAAAUGAGAUUUUCAAGGGGAACUCGGCAAUACCUCGACAGAGUACCAUAAGAAAUAUGCACUUUAUUUUACAACGAGCAAGCAGCUGAGAACCUGAAAAAAUAAUCUGAGGCCUCGUUAAGAAUUUGAACAUCAGACCUUCCCAUAGUGCCUUAAACUACGGAGCUGCGUUACAAGCCAGUCCAGCAUACUGAUAAGAUCGGAAAUCAGUAUUUGCUUGAAUAUUCAUCGGAAACUUUCGAAGAGAUGGGGGAGACUCUGUGACCCUUAGUAGGUGGAGUGGGAACACUCGCCUUCUCAUAUGUAGUUGUGGCUUGAGUUCGACUCAGCGAUUUUGGCGAUACUUGUGGGUUGACUUGGUUACUGUUUUUUUUUCUUCAGUUAUCCUAAUUUUUCUCCCAAUAUUGAUAACAUCUAUAUCAUUUUAGGAUUAUCAAGAAAAAAUAAGAAUUCCCGUGAAGAAAAUAACCGCAAUUGCUCUUGGAGAAGAGGUGGAAAAAAAAAACAAAGCAAGGAACGUCUCAGUGAACACGAAGAAACAAGUAUCAAAUUCCUAGAAGAGGCCAUCAAUUGCAUACCUCUCGCAAUUGAGGAUGGAGCUGAUUUUGAAAAUGCCGCUUUCAUUUUUAACCUCCAGCCGGGCAGUUUAUUGUUAUAGCAGGAAAGGGUCAUUGGCAAUAUUAAUUUUCUGAGGAUGGCAGCAACAAUAUAACCUGUAAAUGUGUCCGCAAACCCUGGUUGAUGUACCUCUGGAACAAAGGCACAUUUGGUUUUUCUAGUAUCACCUUGUUAUUGUUUCUUGCUGAAGUAGUCAUCAAGGUUUUUAGGUUUAAUGAAGUGUAAUCUUGAAUAGCUAAAUGUAGGUUUUAUUUCUCAUUUAGUUGUGCAUUUGAAAGCCUCAAACACUCUAGCCAAAGGUACCGGUUUAGUUAAUUUCUUUGCGAUAUACAGAACGUCAUUGCCUUCGUAGUUCCCGAUCGCUAUGUUCUGAAAGCUGCUCUUGUAGACUAAAUUGUUGAAUAGUAAUAAGUAAAUACAGGGAGAUUUUGGCUGCGACCUCCCUUUGAAAAGGCCUCUAUGGAAAAAGAGAGUGUUGUGAAGUGUUCUUACGAUGCAAGGUUUUUUAAGGUUAGCAUUCGAAGAUUGUGCCACUCCUACCCCCUUACGAUAGGUUCCAUUUUUGUCUUUCUCCUCUGGUCGUGCAAUUACUUGAAAUUUUGUCUCUAAACUGGUCGUGUUGAGUACUUUAUUUUUAGUUUCCUAAAUGCCACUCGUAAAAGUUUAAGCUGAUUAUUGUAUAGUCGUUGUACGAGUCUUAUUAGAAAAGUUUAAAUAUCUCGGGGUUUUUAUGGACCCAACACUUUCUUUGAAGUCCCACAUUAAUUUCUUUGGAAAGAAGAUCUCGUCUAGAUUAGAAAUGUUGCGUAGAGCACGAAAGAUCUUGCCUCAGUCAUCCUGUAUCAUUUUGUACAACGCAAUGAUACUCCCCCUUUUUGAGUAUUGCUCAGUUGUAUGGGAUAGUUCUGGGGCUAUAUCUAAAGGGUAUCUUGAUAAACUUAAUGGGCGUGUGGCGAGUAUUAUCUUAAAUAGGGCUGUGAGUGAAACAGAUAUUAUUCGUAUUCUUGGUUGGCCUAACCUUCAGUCUUGUAGAGACUAUCUUAAAUGCAUGCUGGUUUUCAAAUCUACGAACGGCUUAGCACCUUCCUACCUAUUGAGUGAUUUUACUCGAGCUAAGAAAUAUCAUACAUAUAAGACCAGGCACAGGGAUUUGAUUCGUCUUCCUUUGCCCAAAAGCACUAAAUAUCAAGGCAGUUUUAGAUAUAAUGGUGGGUGCACUUUUAAUAAUCUGCCCAAAGCAAUAAGAUCGCUGGAAAGCCCUUAAACUUUUAAAACUGAGUGAAAGCGGUUUUUUAAACAGAUUUAAUUAGUUAUAUAGACUUUGUAUGUAUUUUCUCCGAUGAGUUUUACUUUUGUCUGUCAAUUUUAAGUAAGUUUGUAUUGUCAAAUUUUGUUUUUGCAGGGCUCUCUUUAAACUAGGGAUGCUAAAUGUGAUGUCCCUGUUUAAAUAUUGUUUAAAUAAAAUAAAUAAAUAAAUAAAUAAAUAAAACGCUUUAUUAUAACAUAGCGUGGGUGCUUGCUUGAGGUCAACUCUGUCUUUAAGUAAGUAUCCUGAGAAAGAUAGUAAGUUUAUCAUACAAAUUUGUCGAAACGUCCACAGAUCGAGAGAUAAGCGAAGCAACUACGUCUGCAUUCACCUUUAAUGAAAAAACCCCGAGAAAUCAGUCACAUUUGAAAACGCUUUAUUAUAACAUAUCGUGCGUGCUUGCCCUAUAUAAGUCCUAUUGAGCUGCUAUGAACAAAAUCUUUAUUUACGUAUGCCCGUACGUAAAUAAUAUGACGUGAGCGUUUUUUUUACUUGGCUUCAGAGUUUCCGUCCUUUAAUUGGGAAUUUACUAAAACCAAAACAAUCACAAUUGCACUCUAUCACAAUAAAAGGCUUCUUCGCGCAGAUCGUUGUUGUCGCUCUGUUUUCUAUAAAAGAAUUUGCUCAUGCUUUUAGCUGUGCGUAUAUCGAGUUAUGGAUGCACUUGAGAUAAUAACGUAACGUCAGAAGACUCGUGUUCUUCUAGUUUAUUGUUAUGUUUAGAUCUAGAUUUGAUGCGCUAUAGUGUACUGCACCAUUACCUAAAAAUAAAAAUUUGGUCAUCAUCAACUAUAACUGCCGUCGUCUCCAUUUAGGGCAGCAGAGGUUUUCAUAUGUCAGACACGUUCACCCAAAGUGUAGGCGGUAGAUAUAAUCCAAUGAUCAACAAUCAUUGUUAAUAUGUGUUUUGGCGUUCAACUUGACAAAAUAUUCAUUUAGUUUGGGUUUCCUCAUUUCUUGUUUACCAAAUGGGUUAUCCAUCUAAAAUGGAAAUUUUAAGGAAAUUUUUUACUUUAAUUUUUUAUAAGGAAGAGACUUUUAUCAUUCUAUUUUGUGAUCAGCAUUUGUCAUGUUCUGCUUGCAUUUAAAUACUACUCUGAAUCAGGUGAAGUCUCCAGAAUCACGUUUUAAUCUAAACUAUGAUGGAACUUGUAAAAUAAUCAUCGAAGGCCAUCUUAGAUUAAAAAUUUGAAAUACGUCUUCGGGUCAGUGAAAAUAACGAAAUCUUUUCAUUUGGGAUUUAUUUGGCAAGGAAAUUGGGGAUUUAAGAUCCAGGACUGUAAAUAUUAUAAAUGAAGGAGGAGACAAGAUAUGGGAGUUUCUUCAGUUGGAUUCGAAAAGACAGAUCGAAAAGUUAGAAAAGACACCCACUGUAAUCCGCUGUAACAAUAAAUUAACCAUGUAAACAUAUUUUCCAAAAUUCUGAUCACAAGAAGGUCUUAACGAAAACCGUGUUCUCACGCAAUACAUACGAAAUAAAAAAUGAUAACAAAUUGAACAUUUCUCAGUUAUCUUGAAAACUGAUAAGUCUUUAAAAAAUAUCCACAGUGAUAGCGUAGGCAUUCUGCACGCAAAAAAAGUAGCAUAUAAAAAGUAAACAUAUUUCAGUAAUUUUUAUGAAAAAAAAGAGUACGGUAUGUUACCACACAAUCAAAACAAAAUAGGAAAAAAGAUUAAAAAUGAAACAAUUUGAAUUGACGUAAUUCGAAAUUGAAACUGUAAAAAUUUGAAAGAAAGAUGUGAUCAAGGUGUUUUGGUUGAAUUUUACGAAGCGAUCACCAUGCUUGAAUCUUCACGCAUCGUGGAUUCACUGUACGGCCUCUCUUUUUGAAGUUAGAAACAUUUAAAAAGUGCAAGAGAAACAAAAAACAGGUUUUUAAAAACAUUAUGAGUGGAAGACACAUUUGAUAUUGGUAAUUUUCAGCUAUUUAUUUAGGAUCGUAUGUGUGUGAUAAUUAGAACUAUCCUGUCAAUGUUGCCUCAUCAGCGCGUCGAAAGUGUCUCGAAUCGGGAGAUUGUUUAAGGCAGAAGAUGUUUUAAUUUAGAAAUAUUUACUUUUCUUUCUCAAGGUAUUACUUUUCGUCAUUUUCCAUCACUUGCCGUUAGAUGACAAACCAGGUUUUAAGAGAAGAGGACAAUAGGAUUGGUUCCGUACUGCAUGCAGUCGACUUUUUACUCUUUUGAUUACACUGAAAAAAAAACAAAAUAAAAAAAAAAAAAACGGAAAAACCUGAAGAACUAAGGUUCGAGUCCUCGCCUGGUUAUAAUAAUAUAAUAUAUCCUAGGCCCCGCCUUCGUGAAAAAUGGCUUCAAUCUUUUUCCAGAAACGUUUUAGACUGAUUUAUGCGUCCGAUGCAGAUGUUAUCAGACGUUAUAAUUUGCAUAUCUUGGGACGAGAGGAAAUAAAUUUGUAUAUGGUCGGUGCCAACAAUAGCAAUUCGUAAUUUCAAAUUUUCCACAUGUUCGUGGAUGAGACGAAAGUUGUAAGAACAAAAACGUGCCACACCAAGCACAGCCUAGUGUGACACUGUGAGUUACUACUGAAGAGACCCACGGCAAUAUUUAUUUGCUUAAAUAUUGAUUAUCGGGAUGCCAACGAGGAGUCUGUCCUUCAAUUGAACAUUAGUAAAAACUCAUCCAAAUGAGUGUGAUUUAUCUUGUUAUACGAAGCUAUGGCGGAGUAUAGCGAGUGUUUAUCAGGUGUAUAACUUAACAGAAAAAGCAGUCAGACAGAAGUUUUUCUCGUAUUUUUGUUUUCUUUGGUACCUAUGCCCUCUGGGCCAAACUGGCUUUACGAAACUGCUCGAAUUUAUUAAAGAAAAGGAGGUAAACGUUUUGGCAAAAAGUUUCAAAUUUCAGUUGUUUCUAGUAAUUAUUACGGAAAUGCUAGAUGAUGGAGGAAUUAGGUGAAGUUUCUUUAAAUUAAAAAGAGUGUGAUAAAUGAAUGAAAUUGAAAUAUUUCGUUAAAAAUUCCGAGUCAGUUGAUGAUAACGAAAGAAAAUACCCCGACUUCUCUGACUUUUUUUGUAAUUUUUCCAUCUGAAGUUCAUAGUUAUUACCAAUCAAGCUUUCAGAGCAGCGAAUAAUUUUGUAAGUAUCCGAAAUCGGUCGGGUGGUCACACUUUAAGAGGUUGGCUUGCGGAAUCUCUAGAGUUGGGUUACAUCACGUACAACCUUUCCAUAUAAAAUUACAAUUUGAAACCUGUUAAUUUUGAUGGUUUUAUUAAUUAUUAUCGGCUUAACGCUUCUGAAAGUCGUGAUAAUAAAAUUAUCUUUUAUCUGUUUUUAUUUUUUUAGCAUGAAAAGUAAGACACGUGCAUUGUGUCUGAUCACAGUUUCUCUACUCACCAAGCCUCCAUGACCUUCAAAACAUAAAAUGUCAUUUUGUCAAUGGGCAGCUAGCUGUGGGUUCGUUUUUUGUUCGGAGCCAGUUGAGAAGUGAUUUGGCCUCUGAAAAAUUCAAGCAUUUGCGAGACUUCUUGGAAACUUCAAAUUUCUUAAUCUACAGAUUAACUUUAAAUAUUGGGAAUUUUGGAUCAAAUGCAUCUAUUAAUGAUGCAUGACACAAAAAGAUGGAUAACAUGGAGAUGUAAAGUGUGAAAAAAGUGGGAUGACAUCUCUGAAUAAAUUCCGUCUCUAUGCUUUUCUUUUGUUCUGAAAAACCAGAAGAGUCGUCGUUACGGACAUAAAUGCAAUAUUUGUUUUUCCAAACCAAUGUAUAUCAGAGUUGCAAUCCUUUUAAGGUCUUUUAACCCUCCUAAUGUAGCUUAGUUAAAAAUUGAUCACGUAGGCAUCCUCGUUUGAUACAAGCACUUUGAUCGUCGCUUGAUAAUACGAGCACUUUGAUCGUCGCUAGAUAAUACAAGCGCUUUUAUUUCACACGGUUCAACCGUACCUGCAAUUUCCAGACAUAAAUUCGUUACUAUAAGUUGUUAUAUAGACCUAAGACUGCACAUUAAAUGACUAUUCCUCGUUCUUUCAUCCAAGCCAACCGAGCCACCACAUAUUUAGACCUAAGACUUAACAUGUGCACCAUUAAUCCUCGUUCUUAGAUAGAUACACUCGACUCCCGUUAUUGCGGACAACCUCGAAAUGAUCCGAAAUGUGAUGUGUGCUUUCCCAUGAUUAUGCAGGCUAUGAAAACACAGUGUAAGAAAACACAUUAAUAAGGAAUUUGUCUCCACUUUCUGUGCAUUGUUACGAUCAACCAUCGUAGAAUUCUAAAUAACAAGUCUUGCGUUGCGAGACGCCAUUGACUUAAAGCUAAAUUAUCAUCUUCUUAUGAAACUAAAUUGCGUGUUAUUUGCACGGUCUGUGAUUGAUUCACAGCUGUUCAUGAUCAAGAACAAACCGACAAAUUCACAAGGAAGUAAAAUGACAUACAUAGAACAUAAUUUCGCAACUUCCCCAGAUUUCCUUCACUUUCCUACAUUUUCCUAAAUUAAAAUUGUUUAUUCCAUCGAAGGCAACUUUCUCUCUGGUUCGUCAUCUUGUUCGUGAGACCACUUGGCUAAUUAUUCACUAAAAUGAGUUUUAAAAUACGGAGCACCUGCCUUAAGACUCGCGAGAAAGUAAAAAAUAUCCCUUUUGAGUUAAUUUUGAAUUUCCGCAAGUAAAGAGGGUUUCCUUUUUGUUUGUUUGUUUUUUAUACUCAAGUUUAUGAAUUAAAAUCAACGAGGAGAUCUAAAGAAAAAGUGGGAUUAUUUAUAGGAACUAACUGUAAAUGAUAUGACUUUCAAAGCGGAAGACUUAAGCCCGCGUUGUACGUGCUUUGACAAUUGAUAUGAGGCAUGUUGGAUUUGAGAUCCAUUUGAGGACUCCCACACUCAAACAUUUAUGUCUGAUAUUUCUGUCCAGCUGUCCAGAAGAGAUGCGACCGAGAACCGCAUUAAUAUUCAUAGCAAAUCAUUUUGAAAUGGUUAAAAAAAGGAAGGGAUCAGGAAUAAGCUCUUUAGUUAAGCAGGGUUCAUCAGUCUCGGGCCAUUGAAUUCUCAAAACGUUGGACAGGAGAAGCAACCUUAUCGAUCUCCAAAGGUAUACCGUGUUUCUUAUUUCAGAUCAACCUGAAAAAACGCUUGGAUCAGUGCGGUUGAAAUGUAAAUUUUUCCCAACCAAACCUCAACUCAAAGUGACUCAACCAAAGUGAACUUUGUUAAAAAAAAAAAAAAAAUUUUAAUGUUUUUGUUUCCUUUGAAAUUACAAUCGAUUCCUCUCACCACAUCCCAGGUUGGUAUCGAAUAAGAUUUUAGGGGGGCCAUGAAUGUUCCCUUUACUGAUUAUUUAUUCAGUAAUAACAGUCUUAUCCUAUUAAACUUUAGCAACAGAAAAAAACAGGAACUAAAGAUGAAACCAGAUACCGAGUGGAUUGUUUUGACAGUCCUCUACGCCAUCACGAUGCUCGUAGCGUUUGCAGGGAAUGGCUUCCUCAUCUACAUCGUGUGGAAGAAACCUGAAGUCAGAUCACUGACAAGCUUUAUGUUCGUCAACAUGGCCAUCGCUGAUUUGCUUGUAACCCUGAUUGUGAUGCCCUGGUCGAUUUCCAUAAUAUAUACAGACGGUUUGUGGAUGAUCCCGGGAGUAUUUGGAAAAGUCAUGUGUAAAGGUGUUGUAUACACUGCCUAUGUCACUAUAACAGCAUCCGUCCUCUGCCUGACGUUCAUGGCGAUCGACAGGUACUAUGCGAUCGUUCAUCCCCUCCACCGCCAUCUUUGGUUUCGAAAGCCUAAACUAACCGUUCCAUUUAUUUGGAUCGCGUCACUGGUCUCCAUGUCCAUUUUCCUUGUUAUUCAAACCGUGGAGGACUACAAUAAUUCUUCCUAUUGCAUGCUAUCUGUUUACAUCUUGGGUGAUCCAGAUAGGGCUCUUCGAGGAAUAUACGUCCUCCUUUUCGUCGUCAACUAUCUCAUCCCCUUGGCCGUUAUUUAUUUCCUGUAUACCAUUACUGCAUGGAAUUUAUGGUUCCAUGUUGCACCUGGAGUGAACACUUUGAGAGGAAAUCGAGCGCAACUCGAAAGCUCCAAGAGAAGAGUGGUUCGGAUGCUCAUUAUUGUUACCUGUGCCUUUGCCCUUUGUUGGCUCCCACCACAAGUGGUCCACGUGAUGACAGUCAUUCACGCAUCUAAGGCUUACCUACAUAUACAGCCGAUUGUCAGCUUUGUGUGUUUCUGGUUUGGACACGCCAAUAGUGCCGUUAACCCAUGGCUGUACAUUUUUCUGAGCACCAAGAUAAACACAGCAUUUACUAGGAUCGUCAGUAGAAAAAGCAGCCGGUUGACUUCAAGUCUCACCAUCAAAACAUCAGAUGCCGUCUUACCACCUGAACAUGAAGCAAUCCAGAAAGAAUCAACGAUAUAA